AGGAUCGGCAACAGUGUGCAUGCCACAUGUGUGUUGGCUUGCACAGUGCUUCAUGAAACCGCCGCCGCAAACGCUCUUGGCUCCAUCAAGGAAAUAAGGUUUGUCGAUGUCAAAGAAACGAUCGAGCAGGAGAUCGCCACUCAAAUGAAGGCGAGAUUUGGCAGGAUCGGCAACAGUGUGCAUGCCACAUGUGUGUUGGCUUGCACAGUGCUUCAUGAAACCGCCGCCGCAAACGCUCUUGGCUCCAUCAAGGGACAUCUGGUGAUGAUGAGGCGGGGACAGCAGGGCAUGGCGAAGGAAUAUGAAAUAUGCAAAACGAGACCGAAGAGUUAG